AUGGACGGUGGGGAUGAUCCUAACCGCCGCUACACGGUGGACGAUGCGCUCUCUGCCGUCGGAUUCGGCGCGUUUCAUUGGCUGCUGCUAGGAUAUGCCGGCCUGGCGUGGGCGGCAGAGGCCAUGGAGCUGCUGCUGCUGUCCUUCAUCGCCGCCCCCGCUGCCGCCCACUGGGGCGUGGGCGGCGACGGCGAGGCGGCGCUGUCGUCUGUAGUGUUCACGGGCAUGCUGGUGGGCGCGUUCGCGUGGGGGCUGCUGGCGGAUAGCCGCGGGCGCAGGUUCGCCUUCACAGCAACGGCCCUCCUCACCUUCCUCGCAGUGCUCCUCUGCUUCCCUAAGCUCUCUGCCUGCCCCACAUCCCCCCAAACCAGGUUCGCCUUCACAGCAACGGCCCUCCUCACCUUCCUCGCAGCGCUCCUCUCAGCCCUCGCCCCCUCCUUCCCGCUCCUCCUUGCCGCCCGCGCCCUCGUCGGGGUCGGCCUGGGCGGCGCGCCCGUCAUCUUCUCGCUCUUCCUCGAGUUCACGCCGCCCGCUUCCCGCGGCUUCUGGUCGCUCGCCCUCUCUCUCUUCUGGACCGUCGGAUCAGUCGCCGAAGCUGCUCUAGCAUGGGCAGUGCUACCAGUGCUGGGAUGGAGAUGGCUCAUCGUUCUCUCCUCGCUGCCCCUCCUGCUGCCGCUGCUGCUCUUCCCGCUCCUUCCCGAGUCUCCGAGGUUCCUUCUGGUGAAAUCUCGGCCGUCGGAUGCGCUGGCAGUGCUGCAACACGUGGCAAGGCUUAACAGGAGGGCGCUGCCAGCAGGGCAGGUCAGCCUGGUUGCAGGGGGCGGGGGGUCUCAGGUGCUCGCGCUUGCCGCCCUCCCGGCUGCCACUGUAGCAGCGCUGUUUGUUGCCCGGGCGGCGAUCAUGGGGUCGUUUCAGACACUGUUCAUGUUCGCACCAGAGCUCUAUGCCACUUCCGUCCGAUCUUCUGGCCUCGGCUUUGCCAGCUCGUUCUCCCGUUUGGGUGGCAUCGUUUGUCCUUACGUGGCGAUCACCUUGGUGCAGGGCUGCCAACUGUCUACAGCGCUGUCCCUCUUUGUAGCUGUCCCGCUAACAGCAGCAAUAGCCACCACUUUUUUCCCUGUAGAAACCGCAAGAAGAGCACUUAUAGAGGUGCAUGUUGAGGAAGGGGGAUACGGGGGGCAGAGUGACCAAGAAAAAGGUCGAAAGCAAGGUGUUGUGAAAGAUGAUUCACGCGGCUUGUGA